GCUGUGCUGUAUGUUUCCACGCUCAGCUGCUGAGACAGAGAGACACACAGCAAUACAACAGCAGCCGCUUGCCUUUCUCUGGAUCAGCUGUCUCUCUCGCUCUUUUUUUUUUCCUUUCCGGUGUGUUGUUUUGUGUGUCUUGCGAUGGCUGAAUGAUGGCCCAGUACAACAACUCCACACCACACACCAUGGCUGCCAAAGACGAGCUCUACAGCAAAGUCACCCCCAGAAGAAACAGACAACACCGAACGGGGACAAUCAAACACGGGUCGUCUCUGGAUAUCCUUUUAUCAAUGGGAUUUCCCAAAGCCAGGGCACAAAAAGCACUGGCAUCCACUGGCGGAAGAAGUGUCCAAGCAGCAUGUGACUGGUUGUUCUCUCAUGUGGGAGACCCAUUCCUUGAUGACCCCCUGCCUCGGGAAUAUGUUCUCUAUCUGCGCCCUACCGGUCCCUUGGCUCAGAAGCUCUCUGAUUUCUGGCAGCAGUCGAAGCAGAUCUGUGGGAAGAACAAGGCUCACAACAUCUUCCCACACAUUACUCUUUGCCAGUUCUUCAUGUGCGAAGACAGCAAGAUUGAUGCGCUCAAUGAAGCCCUGCAGGCCACAGUGAUGCAAUGGAAAUGUAAAUUCCCUGCUCCCCUGCCUUUAGAACUCUACACGUCUUCGAACUUCAUUGGGCUUUUCGUCAAGGAGGACAGCGCUGAGGUCCUCAAGAAGUUUGCGGCGGACUUUGCUACAGAAGCUGCUUCUAAAGUGGAUGUGCAUGUAGAACCCCAUAAGAAACAGCUGCACGUGACAUUGGCCUACCACUUCCAAACCAGCCACUUGCCCACGCUGGAGAAAUUAGCACAGAACAUCGACGUCAAGCUAGGAUGCGACUGGGUCGCUGCGAUCUUCUCUCGAGAUAUAAGAUUUGCUAACCACGAGACACUGCAAGUGAUCUAUCCCUACAUCCCGCAGAAUGAUGAUGAGCUUGAGCUGGUUCCAGGGGAUUUCAUUUUUAUGUCCCCUGUGGAGCAAACCAGCACCAGCGAGGGGUGGAUUUAUGGCACUUCCCUAACGACCGGCUGUUCUGGGCUGUUGCCUGAGAAUUACAUCACGAAGGCAGACGAGUGUGGGACCUGGGUGUUUCAUGGAUCUUACUCGAUUCUGAGUACCAGUUCUUCCCCAUCCCCUCUAACCUUCAAUGAUGGAGCUCCGGAAAGAAGACAGCAAGAAGAUCAAGGACCUGGGGACACAGGGCCACUCACAAUCAUCUGCCAGACAAUGCACCCCCUGAGAGUAACCAGCCAGCCAGGGCUUCAAAAACGAUGUCUUUUUGUCUGCCGGCAUGGGGAGAGAAUGGAUGUUGUGUUUGGAAAGUACUGGUUGUCCCAGUGUUUUGAUGCCAAAGGAAGGUAUAUGCGAACAAACCUGAAUAUGCCUCACAGCUUACCUCAAAGAAGUGGUGGUUUCAGGGAUUAUGAAAAAGAUGCACCAAUCACCGUGUUUGGUUGCACACAAGCAAGACUUGUUGGUGAAGCCUUGCUGGAAAGUAACACUGUUAUUGAACAUGUCUACUGUUCCCCGUCGCUGCGCUGUGUACAGACAGCACACAAUAUUCUCAAAGGUUUGCAACAAGAAAAUAACCUAAAGAUUCGAGUAGAGCCGGGCUUAUUUGAGUGGACAAAAUGGGUCUCUGGUACCACAUUACCUGCCUGGAUACCCGCAGUGGAUUUAGCUGCAGCCAAUCUGUGUGUUGAUACAACCUACAGACCUCAUAUACCCGUCAGCAAGUUAGUGGUUUCAGAGUCUUACGACACAUACAUAAGUAGAAGCUAUCAAGUAACGAAAGAAAUCAUAAGUGAAUGCAAAGGCAAAGGAAAUAACAUUUUGAUAGUGGCUCACGCAUCGUCUCUGGAGGCCUGUACUUGUCAACUCCAGGGCCUCUCGCCUCAGAAUUCCAAGGACUUUGUACAGAUGGUCAGAAAGAUUCCAUACUUGGGGUUCUGUUCCUGCGAAGAAUUGGGAGAGACAGGUAUUUGGCAACUAACAGACCCCCCCAUCCUCCCUCUCACACAUGGACCAACAGGAGGCUUUAACUGGCGAGAGACCUUACUACAAGAAUAGGCAAAGCUAAACUUACAAACAAACAAAAAAUGGCCUUUCUAAGCAUUAGAGAAUGUGUCUCAUUUCUUGUGUUUAAUGACAGUGGAAAAAAUAUUCGUAACAUUUUAGGUGAAUCAUUCACAAAAACAUUCUAGCAUAUCACCUAUAGAGUCACAUUUGUGCAAAAAGUUCUUAUAUGUAAAACUAGGCGAAUAUAAGAAAGGGCUUAAUUGAUGGAAGAAUAUAACUAUACGUCCAGGCUCCUGCACUGCAGGAAAUGUCUAUGUUAUCUAAGGCUACAUAGCCCGGAUAUAUUUUUCAUCUUGAACUGAACUCAGACAAUACCGCCUUCUGCACCAUGUUAGUGACAACUAGGACUGUGUGAAAAUUGUGAAUUUUGGGUCUUUUUCAUUUGCAAACUUUUGCAGAACAAAUAUUUGCAAUUUUGUUCUGGGCUAUGUCGACACCUUCCCCAUUACUCCCAAAUUUUGCUAAAUAUCACUUUCGUGGUCCCCCAAAAUAGCUACACUCAAUGUGUUCCAUAAGAUAUCCUGUGUCAUCUCCAGGAGGAAGGGAGUUCUCUAUUCCAAUUAUAGAGUAGCAUCAAACUAUUCCUUUUCAUUACCGUAUUAGAUGCCUACAUAUUACACAGGUGGGUACCUGAUGCCUAAGGUAGACUGAAGCACAUGACGUUGAUCUGCAUCAGAACACGAUUUUGAACUUCAAAGCUGUCAGAGGUGAAGUUCUCACAUGAAAGAUAGGAUUAUUUUUCAGUGAAGAACUGGAGCAGUUUUACUAAAUGGAAAUGAAAAGAGUACUCCAAAUUUGAAGGUUUUCUUGGCUGAAAUUCACUGCUAUGCAGAGGACCAGCAUAAAACCCUGUGAAUCACUCAAAUACUGUUUAAGACCUUACAACACAGUUUUAUAUGAUACAUAGGCCUUUUGCUGAUUUCUCUACACAGAGAUGAAUUUCACCCUUUGUGAAUAUUUCUCACAGCCCUAGUGAUGUUCUACAGCAAUCAGCCUUCAUCAAGGAUAAUGACGAGGUCGAAAGGAUAUGCUAAUAAUUUAGAUUUAAGGUGGGGGAGGUGUUUUUGUGGGGGAUUUUGUUUUUUGUUUGUUUUUUCCCCUUUGUUUUUUUUAACAUUUUAAGUGCCAUCUGUCACAAAUAGAAACCAGAGCUGAGAAAGAAUACACUGUGAUGAAAAAAGCAACACAGUGAACCCAAGAAGCUGUUACUUAUGAGGUGAUUUGUUUCAUAUUGAGCUAAAAUCUCAAUCCCAUUAAAGUCAUGAGGAAUUGCCGUAGUAGAUCAGACCCAAUGGUCCUUUUAGUCCAGCAUCCUCUCUUUGACAGUGGCCAGUAUCAGCUGCUUCAGGGAAAGAUGCAAGAAAGCCUGCAAUGAGCAGUUAUAGGAUAACCUGCCUCCAGGAAAGUUCCUUCCUGACCCACAACAGUAAGAUGUUGGUUUAUGCCCUGAAGCAUGAAGGUUCCAAAACUAUUUUGUAAAAAUAUUUACUAUUUUAGGCCCCAAUUCAGGAAAACACUAAAGCACAUGCUUAUCUUGAAGAAAAUGGGAGUUAAGCACUGUCCUGAAUAGAGUUGUUUUUCUGGCCAUAAUACAAAAUAUUCUUGUUAUCCACAUAAAUGUGCAGAUUUGGGUGGGGGAUGGGAGGAAUAAUCCUGUUAAAUGCUAGGCCUGUCAAUAGCAGAAUUCCCAUUGACUUCAGUGGGAUUGGGAUUUGGCCACACAAUCAGUAUAUCACAGUGACCUAAAAUAAGAGCCUAAACUUUCAUAUGUGAUGCAGGUAAAAGGCCCACCAGAUUCAAUGGGAAUUUCACCCAUGUGGCAACAGCAAGAGCAAAUCUUAAGGGUUUUAAGUUCAGCUUGGUCUAGAACAAUUUUAACUAGUUUAUGAUGUGGACCUUGCCAAUGAAUAUACAGCAGAUUCUGUACAGAAUUUAAGUCAACAAACAGCUCAACUUGUGCAAUAUGACCAUAACCGUAGUCUAUUAUUUGUACAUUUACAAUAUAUGUAAUACAUAAUAGGACAUCAAUAAAUGCAUUAUUAUACCAGGGAUGUAUACUGAAAAGUCAGGGAGAUAACUUAUGCGAUGACAGAAAGAAACUGCCUCAGUAUCUAAACUGCAUCAGUAUCUGUGCAGUUAUAUUGCUGUCACUUUUUUAUUUUAAUUAUAAUUUAAACUAUUUUUAGCGUGUACAGACAUUCUGAAGUGUUUAUUGCUUGUUUUCCUCCAUGCUUACUUACCACAAACUUGCAAAGGAGUUUAUUUAAUUGAAUGAAUAAACAGACAAUCAAACCAAAAAUAAUUUGGGUUUCACUGUAUAUUUAAAUUCCAUUGCUAACUUACUGUUUUGUGCUGCAUGCUUUCAAGAGGUUGGGUAACAUAUGCAAUAUGAUGAAAAGCUAUCCAGAUUUGACCAUUGUUAAGCAGCGUUUCAGGAAUUUGUUUAGACAGUAGCUGGUAAUAGGUAUGGAACAAAACCUGUAUGCAUAGACUGUUGAAUGUUGUAGUAAUUGAUCUUUGCAUAGAGUUAGUAUUUUAAAAAAAAGUGUUCUGUUUGAGAAGGGAAAAAAGGGUUAAAACAUUCUCUUCUUAAAAAAGUAUAUUUUUGGAUGUUUGGGAAAGUAUUUUGGCAAUUGUUAUCUGAUCUCACAUUUGAGUUUCAGGUGUCAGGAAUCUCAGAAAAAAAAAAUCUUGUUUUCUUCCAGUAUUUCAUUGUCUAAUAAGGGUUUUGCAUUAAGGAAACUGGUGCUGAUAAGGUUCUUUGUUAAAAAUGCAUCUUACAUUAUUUAAAUGCAUUGCACUGGGAAAACCCUAGGUAUUUUAUUUAAAUGCAUCACACUGGGAAAACCCUAGAUAUUUUUUAAUGUUUUUAACUAGAAUGUUAAAAAAAAAGCAUCACUGCUUAUAUUUUGCUACGUUUCUGCUCAUUAAUGUGUAUUUAAUGGUAGACUAUUUUUACAUCAUUUUUCCAUUUUCUAUUUGAUUUGAUCAAGUGUUUCAGUAGGGCUCAAUGGAUGCCUCCCUGAUUUCUUGGGCCCUGAGUCCAGUAUAUAUUUGCCUUUACCUGAAUGUUUUGCCUAUACUUCCUCCCUUAAGUGGAACAGUUUGGGUUGCAACAGUCGUAGACCCUGAUCUUGCAAGCUAGGGUGACCAGAUGUCCCGAUAUUAGCUUUGUCUUAUAUAUGCAACUAUAACACCUCUCCACCCCCAGAAAAAAACGUGUCCCAAUUUGUCACACUUGCUAGCUGAUCACCCUACUGCAAGCUCACACAUGCAGGCAUGCCCCUUGCCCUAUACAGAGCCCACUGAAGUAUAUUAAACCUUGCAUAGAACACUUUCGUCUCUGCCAGACAGGAUGUGCACAGUUCCCAGUGAUUUCAGCACUUUGUCCAUUGUGCAUCGGAUGUGUUGAUGCAGACAUCAGGUGCCACAUUUUCAUGAGUCUCAUUCACUAUCAAUGCACUGGUAGCUACAGUCGAUUGCUUAAGUUCUACAAGUAGUUAUUGGGCCGGGUCCUCAUCCAGUGUAAAUGGAUUUAACUCCAUUGAAAUCAAUGGAGCUAUGUCCAUUUACAUCAGUGGAAGAUGUGGCCCAUUAUUUCUGGAAUAUGAUGUUUUCCAUUACAUGGAAUCUGAGCAAAUCUAGAAUAAAUGGCCAACUGAUGGCUAGAAAGCAUUUCUUUCUUUUUCCUGUGGAGUUAGUUUCUUUAUUUUAUUAUUAUUAAUAAAAAUAAUAAUAGUAAAGUGAUCAUCUAUUAUAACCAAAGAGUGAGUUAUUUAAAAAUAGCUCUGUGAAGAAAAAAAAAUAACCACUUUGCAAAACAAAAAUAACAAAACCAAAACCAAAAACAAAAAAAAAAGGAGAAAUGAUUCCAGAGUGGUAGUAUCCUAGUAUAUCAUUUUUAUCAACAGACCUGGCUCCUACAGGUUUUAAUACCAGAAGGACUUAGAUGUUGAAAUCUGUGUGUACUGUGUGCAUCUAUUUUUAAAGACGGUUUUGGGAUCUAGUUGGGCAUAGCAUUAUUAUUAACAGCCUUUCCACUAAACUAGCUGUUAGCAGAAAUUGCAUAGAACUGUUAGGAGCUAAGGGCCUGGUGCAAAGCUCACUGAAGCCACUGGAACGACUUCUAAUGACUUCAGGGCUUGGGAUCAGGUGACACAAGACAUGACCCUGCUAAGUGCUGUGUGCUCUCCACUGCCAUUGAGUUCAGUGGACGCUGAGGACACUUUACACAUCUGGAUUGGCCCUCUGGCCCUGAUUCAGGAAAACAUUUAAGCAUGUGUUUAAAUCCUAUUGACUUCCAUGGACAUUAAGCAGGUACUUAAGAACAUUCCUGAACAGGGAUGCACCCCUGAAUUGGGGACCAAAUGAAGAUGAAGUCAUUAGUUCAGGUCUGUUUUAUUGUGGGGAAAAAAAUCUUUUGUGCAGUGAAUUGAGGCUUUUGCUGUGAGACCUACCUGCAUUACUACAUGAGUAUAUCAUUUAAAAACAGUGAUGAAUUGUUCCUUUGAAUUUACACUAAAUAAUGAACAUAAACAUAGAUGAACUGCAGUUCAUUUCAGCAUCCUGUAGAGCAGUGGCAAACUCUAUACACACUACUGUGAACUUUGGUAGCACCCAGAAUUUGCAUUUAAAUUGCAGUCCUGUAGAUGAAGAGGAGGGGAGGAAAAUCUCAAUAGCUCAUGUGUGGGGUAUGGGGAAAACUUAACAUCUGCUUAAGUUAACAUUCAUUUUAACAAGAGAGAUGUAGGAUAUUUGAGUCAGGCAGUUGCCGAAUAAUUUUCACAUUUAAACACAGGACUGAAAAUUGAUUUGCAGUACUUCAAUAUUUAAAACAUAUAAGUCAGUAGGAAAAGUACUGAUUAUAAUGGAAAGUCUAGUGCUAACAAAAAUUGAGCCUAAAUGUAGAGGAAAUCAUUUCAUUCUUAAAUACAUAGGAAAUUAUGCGAAGAGCAGGCACAUUUAAAGUGAAUAAUCAAACUGUAAAUGCAAUUGACUGCAUACACUCUAAUAUGCCACUUAGUUGUCACUGCUGCCUCAAAUACCUGAACACAUUUAUUGAUUGAAUAUUUAUGAAAUAUACAUGUAAGAGAAUAAAAAAUAUAUGACCAGAUCCUUUUAUUAACUUGUUUUGUUGCCACUAAGAAAGUACUUUCUGAAGCUUCUCUCUGUGGACAGUUCUAAAAACUUGAUGUUAUCAAUGGAUGCAUUUUUUUUUUAAUUUUUAAGCUGUGGUAUUGUUAUGUUUACUAUGUUUUCAGUGUGAUCAGACUGUAUUUAUUUGAGAAAAACGUUUGACGUUUUAAAAAAAAAUUGUAUUGCCAAAAAAACCCGCUGUAAUUACCUGUGACAUCUGUAUUUGUUUUAUUUUAUUUUUUUUAAAUCUUCUAUUUCAAGUGCUAACAACUGUUGAAACAACCAUGCCAUUUUAAUUUGCUUGUUACAUUAAAUGGAUUUCUCAAAAGUUAAACCAAACGGCUCACAGAUGAUUUCAUAAAGUUAAAAUGCAUCCAGAGCAAUUCCUUCCUAUUUACAGUUUUCCUCUCAAAUACAUACAUAGUCCACCCAGCAAGGAGUGAAUCUGAA